AGAUAAGGAGCCCAGAAGUGCGUCCAUUCCCUCUUUAAAAAUAUCCCUCCCGCAUCCGCUCCUUCCCCCUUCUCCAUUCCUCUCCACCUUGAGGGAAUCGUCGUAGGGGUAGAGCAAGCGGGAAGAGAGGAGAGAAAGGAAGAAAUUAGAUAGAGAGGUCGAUCAGCGAGGGAGAGAUUGGAAGCGAUCAUGAAGGAGACCAUAAGGUGCUGCAUCUCCUGCAUCCUGCCGUGCGGCGCGCUCGACGUCGCCCGCAUCGUGCACGCCAACGGGCGCGUCGAGGCGAUCGGCGGCACGGUGAGCGCCGGCGAGAUCAUGCAGGCAUACCCUAAGCACGUGCUCCGAAAGCCGCCCUCGGCCGUCUCGGAUGAUGGCGUCGUCCCCAAGGCGGUGAUACUGCCACCUAAUGCCAAGCUCCAGAAAGGGAAGAUUUACUUCCUCGUGCCGGUGUCAUCGGCGCCGGAGAAGGCCCGGCCGGGGAAUACGACGAGGAGGAAGAAGAAGAAGAAGAGAGAAGGGGAGAGCAAUGGGGUGUUGACCGAUAAGACGAGGCUUCUCGUCAACGAGCGGUAUUUGUCGGAGAUCUUGUCGGAGAAGGUGUCGACGCAGACGGAUAGGCGGCGGGGGAGGGUCGGGGUCUGGCGGCCGCAUUUGGAGAGCAUCUCGGAAUCAAAUGAUUUCUAAAUAUGAUGUUCUUUUUUUUCUUUUUCUUUCGUUCAAUUCCUCUUUUCUUUGUGGUCUAUUUUUUGUUUUAAAGCAUCUUCAGUUAAAGCUCCUUUCGAGGUGAUGGAGUCUUUGUAAAGAUAGACAUGGCACCUUUCUUUGCUUUUCCUUUGUUCCAUGGGCUGUAGGUGGUUUCAAGCGAGUCUGGGUGUUCAGUUUUUUUGUUGGUUGCCGAAGAGCAUGGGGGAUUGGUAGUGGGUGAGGGGAGGGGAUGGGGUAGGGAUACAGAUCGGAGGGCUGGGUUGCUGUUCUUUUGGUGAAGAAUUGGAGUGAAAAGAAGAGAGAGAGAGAGAGAGAGAGAGAGAGAGAGAGAGAGAGAGGGAAUACUUAGGAGACCCCACUCCUCCUGUUGUUCAGUAUCUGAAUACAAUAAUGAAUAGAUCAAUCCUAGUUCCAACAACGACCUUAUUUUACCAAUGACUUCGGUUGUUACAGUCUUUUACAUGCAUAGUGGAUGAGAGGGAGAGGGAGAGAGAAAAGGUCCUGGUAGAUGAGUGCUUAAUUUGAUCUGAAAGGCUAGUACUCUUUAUUUGCCCACGCAUCCUUGUUCCACUCAUGAUACUUUAUGAUGAUGGAACUACUCUUUAUUUGCUCCUAACAAGUGCUGUGUUUGGCUAAUAAAGAUCUACAUUUUCUAA